AGCAUCCGGUACCGUGCAAGAGCGUCUGGGUAUCGCCUGCGAACUACUCGCAUCUGUUCCAUUUCAUAUAUCCUUGCUUUCCCUGCUUCAACCUGUGUUCAAUGCUUUCCAGUUCUUGAGCACCGCUUUGUUGGCAUUCGCCCCUGCGGAACAUUACACAGCACCAACCUAAGCAUGGACGCGGAAUCAGCACCGGCCGCACCUCCUGUGCGCAACGACGAGCCAGACUCCAGAAACAGCCUGCGGCAUAUUCUGGCCGCCGAACCUUCAACUAUGGACGACACCAAGGCCUCCACCAACUCACAAGCCAACACGCCUGGCCCCGACGAGCCAGACAUGAUGCAGGGCGACUCGGAAGAAGCUGGCAAGUCGAACAAGGCAUACUACACCGCGAAUUCGACUACCGUACGUCGCAAUGCAAACGGCAGCGUCUCCUCAGUUUAUUCGGGCAACAAAAUACGCCAUCUUAAGAAAGAAGACGGCGUUCCGCUGUGGCGCAAAGACAUUCAGUAUGAUUUUCUGAAGCAGGUUUUCGAGGACGACCAGAAAGUCUUCACGAAACCGGACGGAUCCAAAGGCCAUACAUUUGCAGAUAUCUACCUGGAUGCUAUGGCAAAGAGCAGCAAAUGUAGCAAAAUAUUGAAGGACAAGCUAUUGACGGAGCGACCGGCUGCCAUCAACAUGGCUAUGGUGUGCUUGCUGGUCAACGUAGGGAGAAUGAACACUACACUCAAUUUCUUCCCGGAAAUGCGAGCGCAACUGCGUACCUAUCAUUCGAUCCCGUCCCUUCAGGCCCACCAAGAUCCCAAUGCAUACAAACAACUUCAAGAUGCGCCGCGACUGAAGUCUAUCCUCAAAGGAGCAACAGAAGAUCAUGAGCAACCUAGCACAAUCGAAGACAUAAGAGAAAAGACUGUGCCCCGCACGAACCCCGUCAAUCUCAUCUUCGUGUUGUCACAAUACGCCCCCAAGAUCUCCGAGCUCCAUUUCCUACCGCCCCGCGACUUCUUCGAUCUAGUCAUGCGACCCAAUCUGAGCAGUAAAAGCAGGGCUACCGCCUUCCUAUGGCUCAUGUGGUGGUACCUUGAAAGCGACUUCUCCAACGAGGCAGCACUGAAUAAUCCUUUCGGGGCGGGGCAACAUGGCCCUUCUGAUGAAGGCUCCGCUCCAUCGAUGCCCAUCAAAUGCCCCGCAUUCGAAUUCUUGACGCCUGAACAGGAAGCACUUGAAAAUGUGGAUACGGUCGACGAGAAAAACUUUGGGGAGAUCAAACGCAAAGAGCGGACAGCAAUACUGCAGAGUGACAUGGCUCCCAUUGUGACCGGCCCCAAACGGCCAAACAAGAAGGCAUUCAAUCAGAACCCGGUCUUCUCUGUAUUGGCAGAGGACGGCUCAUCUACCCCAGGCCGGGAUCGUCAAUCACCCUCCCAAAGCUCAGCUAGAGGCCGAGGAAAACUUGCAAAGUCCCUUAUCGAACGUGACUACCCUUCAGACCUUGACAGCACUCGGUCUGCGUCACCGCCAGGAAGUGUUUACAAUACUGGUAAAAAAGCCACUCCCAAUAUGCGAAUCAACACGCUACUCAAUGAAGACACUCCCUCCUCAACGCCUGCGCCGAAAGGACCCGGUCGUGGCAAUUGGUCACGGAGUCGCACGUCUGGUGUCCGGGCAUUCAAGUCGAAACUCGAUCAAGCGAAUUCCCAGGAUGGACAGUCGCCUUCCGGCAACGCCGCAACUUUUGCUGGGCCUCAUGGAUUCUAUUUACCUUUGAAUGGAUCUGAUCCAUCGCAUAAGCGCACGCGCCCACUUACUCAACAUCAACUGGCUGUAGAGCAAUACCGACGACGGCGCGUGGAGGUCAUACUUGACCGCGUCAUCAGGAAAGAAUAUCAGGCUGCCGCCGCGCGCCGCAAGAAGCAGUCCAGCUUUUUGCGGGCAUGGAUUCGCUGCAAGGGUAUGCAAGACGGAUAUGACACGGACGAGGAAACUAGCGUACAGCAAGAUACCGACGCGGGAAAUAAGGCGAAUCCACCAAUUCCUGCCGGCCUUGUUCCCAUCAACUUUGCCGACGAAGUUGACGACAAAGGCGAGGAAGCAUAUUACCGCCAUAAAAUGCUGACCCGUGCUAUGCGCCGUAUAGAUCGCUGGGAAGAAAACAAAGCCAUUACUCGCACGAAACCCAAAGAUUCACAACACUCCACCCAGAACGGAACGAAUGGGGUACGCUUGGAUCGGGAAGAGGAGUUUGCAGACGAGGACGAAGAAAUGGCCGACGCCGAUGACGCAUUGGAACGACGGGAUGACGAAGACGUUGACAGCGACGAGGACGAGGAGAGGGUCUAUGAUCCACAUACACUUCCCCCGCUGCCCUCCCUCAUCGGCUAGAAGUCUUUGAUUCGACCACCGACUUCUUGAGUAAAUAGCGUCAUAGAGGCGCUUAUAUGUGUAGCCAGGACUAUCACUUUCUUUAUUCUUUUUCAUUAUGUCAAUUCCGCUGUCCAU